UAGACCUGAGUGAACGCAAAAAAAGCUGCCGAUAUUUCACCCAUCUCCCUCGUAAAUUGGACAUAGGCUGAUUGACAACAAAAGACACUAUUUUGAGGAUCAUUGUUGUUUUAAAUGUUUCCUUGUAAAUUGGUGUUGUGAAACGAGCGCCUGAAAUAGUGAUUCAAAGCGUGGAUGUAAAAAUAUGAAGCGGCGAAAUGCCGAUGCUGGGAAGAUGCGGCGGCCUUUAAAGCGCACCAAAAUUACCGAAGGGAUGUAUGGAAAUUCAAUGCUGUACCUGAAAUUCGUGAUGCUGUGGGCGACAGUGGUGAUGGCCGACUACAUGCUGGAGUUCAGAUUCGAAUUCCUCUGGCCGUUCUGGAUGAUGCUGCGUUCAGUCUACGACUCAUUCAAAUAUCAAGGGCUUGCGUUCUCCAUGUUCUUCAUUUGCAUAGCGCUCACAUCAGACAUGAUAUGUUUCUUCUUCAUACCACUGCAGUACAUAUUCUUCGCAGCCAGUACAUAUGUGUGGGUGCAGUAUGUUUGGUACACAUUUGCGGAGAAGGGCAUCUGCCUGCCGACGGUGGCGAUCUGCUGCGCGGUGGUGUACGUGGAGGGCGCGUGGCGCGGCGAGCGCUCCGAGCUGUGCCGGCCGCUGGCGGCGCACUGCGUCGGCUUCCCCGCCGUCUCGCUCGGCUUCGGCGUCAAGUCCUACGUGGGGCACCGCCUGCGCCUGCGCACGCAGCGCCACGUGCGCAAACAGAACGAGUUCUACUUCCAGCUCAUGCGCGACGCGCUGCCCGAGUCCGCGCUAGAACAGAAUCAGCAGCAGCCACCUAGUAAAGAAGCGGCCGCCAGUAGUACGGAGACGGGCGGCGGAGGCACGAGCGUGAGCACAAGCACGAGCACAAGCGCGAGCACUGGCACGGAGGCGCGCCACAUGAACGGCUCCGUGCGCCGGCGCUGCAAGCCCGAGCUCAACGGACACUGCGGCCAUGAGCAUACGCAGCUGCAUAUCAAGUUAGAAAAAUUAGAAAAGCAUUUAGCGCAGCAAACGGCAGCGCGGGAAAGAGAAAAGGCACAACAGAGUCAAGCGCAAACGCAAACACAGACGCAAGCGCAUACGCAGACGCAGCCCGCGGCUGGUUCCCAGGGCAGCGCAGGAAAUGCGCACGCGCUCAGCAACGGCAACGCGCCUGGAGCGCACGCCGACGACGACGACCAUAAACAUGACCACAGUAAAGGUGGUGCUAAAUCUUCAAAAUAUGAAAAGAAAGAGGCAAACUCAAUUAAAGAAGAGAAAAAAAAGAACAGACAUAAAGAUAAAGAUAAGGAGAGCAGUGAUAGUCAUAAGAGUACAGAACAUGCAGUUAAAGAACAAAUAGUUAAAGAAAAAGAUUUAGAAAGUACAAAGGAGAACGUAAAAAGUAAAGAGUGUAAUAACAAUAAAGACAAAGAAAAGGAGAAAGAAAAAGAAAAGGAGAGAGAACGAGAAAAAGAGAGGGAAACGAGAGAACGAGAAAAGGAAAAAGAAAAAGAGAAAGAGCGCGAGAGGGAACGAGAAUUGCGGUCGAUGCGGUCGUGCGCGGAGGAGCUGCGGCGCGUGCGCGCGGAGCUGGCGGCGGCGCGCUCCGCCGAGCACGACGCGCGCCGCGCGCUCGCCGCCGCCGAGCGCCAGCGCCGCCAGCACCACCAGCACAAAGCAUCGUCUUGGCGCGGCGCGCGUCCCUCCGCCGAGCCCGCGCGCACGCGCCCCGCGCCGCGCACCAACAGCGUGUGUUGCAGCGCGGAGUGCGAGAGCGAGUGGUGCCGCGCGGCGCUGCAGCGCGCGGAGAGCGAGGCGGCGGCGCUGCGGCGCGACCUGGCGCGCGCCACCGACGCGCUCACGCUGCUGCGCGCCGACCUGCACCGCGCCGCCGACCAGGUCCGCACGCUGGAAGCGCGCCAGGAGGCGCGGCAGGAGGAGCCGAGCGUGGGCCCCGUGGGGGGCUCGGCGGCGGGUGUGGGCGCGGGCUGGCAGGCGCUGCAGGAGCGCGCCACGCACCUGGAGCGCUCGCUGUCGGCCGAGACGCGCGUCAAGCUCGACCUGCUGUCUGCUCUCGGCGACGCCAAGCGCAAGAUGCACCUGCAGGAAGGUGUAAUAUCGCGACAAGAGAAAGAAAUCGAAGAGCUGAAGGCGCAGAUGUUGGCGGUGAUGCCGACAGAGUUCGUGACGGCGGUGAGCGGUGCGGUGUCGAAGCUGCGGCUCGCGGACGGCUCCCCGCUCGACCCCAACGCGUCCGUCUACACGCCCAAGCAGCUCUGCUCCGACGCCUGAACAACCGCCACACAGGUUAGAACACGCUAAACAUCGAUACAGUUGCGCGGUCACUAAGCGACACUAUCGGUUUAUCUGCCUCUUCAACAGGAUAGUUUUGGUAAUGACGAUUUAUGAGAAAGUGUAGCAGUGUUCAUAAUAUCUAUCCAUAAUAUCGAUAUUAUACAGUGGUGUAACGUGGGUCAUUACCGCCUGGAGCCUAAAAAAAUUACAGAACGCGCCGCCCUUCAUUUCAUGGGCUGGUUGGGACAUCGCCCCCGGUUCCCUCCUAAUGCUACAUCACUAGUAUUAUUAAUGAUUAGGAGAACGUCGAAAUAUGAUAGUAACAGCACAAAAGUGGUGAAGUAUACAAAUUCCUAAAAACAUUUAGCAUAAGCGUAGCAGCAAUUUUAUUGAUACAUUACGGUGGUUUUACCAAUCUACUUGAUGUUACGGUUAUAGUAAAUUGUAAAACUUAUUUUUUAUAUCCUGUAUAAUUGAAAUUGUAUUGCCAUCCGAAUAAAUCGUCCUGGCCUGUACAUAAUAAAAAUAAGCUAAUAUACAUGAUUGAUAAUUCAUUCAUUAAUAUUUUUCUGCAUCUUUAUGAAUGAAAUAUUGUGUUAUUGAAGUUGAUAUUUAAAAAUAUACAUACAUAAUUAUAUGAUUUCAAUAUUAUGUACUCGUAUUUUUCAUAGGGCCAGUAUUUUUUAUAGAUCUCCCAAAUACUUCUUUAGUGUGUACUCACCGAUUUAAUUAAAUUUCCAAUAAUAUUGUAUAACUGUAUAAUUUAUUUACAGAGAUAGCUUCAGUUUAAGUUUAGGUCUUUAACUCUUACUCCCCACGGUUUUCUUUUAUACAUAUCGAUAAAUAACGAAAACCAACUAACAGAGUAAUUUUACACUUGGAUUAUAUAAUUUUUGGAUGGUGAUAGGAUAAACCUAUGUCGAUGCGAUAUCGAUGUUUUUAAAAACAAAUAAUCGAUAACAUUGUGCCCUCCCUUAUAUCGAGUAGUCGCUUAGUGACCAAACUUCAGUAAAAAAUCGUGUUCUCGACGCAAACCUCGUACUGGUUUUUGUAUGGGCGUUUUAAUUGAUCUCAAUUUGUUUUUUUUUUUCUUGUUUAUCUUUUUCUAAUCAGUAAUUGAUAAAGUUAACAUUCAAUGUGUUCUUGUUAAUUUAUUACGUUAGUUAAAUUAUUUUUAUGUGCGAGUGGACGUCGGACUCCGAUGUGAGAAUUGCAUAAUAAUGAGAUACGACGUUUCGAUAUUUUCGAUUAUAAUUAUAACGCGUCCGCCCUCGCAAAAUGUCCAUACAAACAUCGGUAGCAACAAAACGGAACGAUACUGAUUAAAUAAAAAAAAAUGAGUGUAUUAGUUUUGUAACCGUGUAACGUACAUACGUCAAACAGAGCGUUUAUUUUUUCAUAAAGGACAAAUUUGAAUUUCACAACAUGGUACCUUUGACCUCGUUAGUAAUGAAUUUAAAAAUGUACCUAAUCUUUUGUAGUAAAUUCGCGUGCCUUUGUGCGCCUAAGUGUAGAUAGACGAACGGCGAAGGCCCGAGAUCUCUUGCCGGCAAGAAUUUCAAAAGAGAAUUUACGGAAAAACGAACGUAACUAAAAGGACUUUGUGCAUGAUUUUAUCGAUGUCAAAAUAAUCUUAUAAUACAUCACUAUUUCUGAGAUAUAACAUAAUUUGUCUUCGUAAUUUUUAAACACAUUGUUGACUCCACAUCGAUGUUCAAGACCCAAAACGAGAUUUUCUCAAUAUCGAUAAAAUACAUCCAUAUAGUCUCUAAUUGACUUCACAAACUGUCCAAAAUUUAGGGCUGUCCAUUGAUCUCUGCGUAAAUAAUUUAAAAUUAUUGAUAAACGGACAGCCCACGUAGAUCGCUGCUGCAGUCAUUAAUACGUGUUCUUUUAAAUUUAUGUGAUAUAAAUUGUACAAACUAAGAUCUGAAUUGAGUCUUCUUCCUCGUGUAAGUGUAGUUUUUAUUGACGUUUUUAGUCCAAAAUUGAAUUUGCUCGUGGCGUCGCGCGCGGCUGUUCUUCGCGUCGUGACGUCAUAUUGUUUUUCUUGUUAAAAAUUUAAAUUGUGUCGCGGUGGUAGUACAUUUGACAUGCAACGGCGCUUUCGUUCUGUGAAUAUGCAUGUGUGAAGUCAAAUUGAUGUACAGCGAAAAUUUAAAAGUUAAUUCAUAUUCUUUACAGUAUUUUUCAUGUUUUUUCUGUUUCUUAUUUCCGUUAAAUGGUUUAGAACCGAAAGACAUGUUUUUUUUUAUGAAAAUUGUUGCCUUCCACUAUAUGUUUUUUGUAAAGUUUAAAUUUAAUCUGGGUUUUAUAUUUUUGUCACAACAAGUAUAUUUCCUUUGCUCUGUUCAAAUCACAGAAUGAAAGCCGUGAGUUGUAAAGCCAUGACAUUGUGAUGUAUUAUUUAUACGCGACUUUAAAAUAACCUCUGGAUUUUCGGAGUGUUUAUAAUGUCACAAAAUUAUUUUCCCUAAGUGUUGUGUUACUUCAAAUGGAUAUGGAUAAAUAUCGAUAUCGAUAAAUAUAUUUAAAAAAAUUACACCUUAGUUCAUUUUGCGGCGAAUAUAUUUAAUUUAAAUACAUACUUUGGUAUAUUUUAUCCCAACUUAGAGAAUAAAAUAAUUCACAGAUAUAAAUAGAGAUCAGUGUUACAAAAUCAGACAUUACACUAUAAUUUAUAAAGUUUACAUUUAAAUUUCUGUUCUUUUUUGACACCAGUACAUGCCAUAUAUCUAUCGAUAUCGAUAAAUCAUCCCAGUAUCCUCUGCUCACAAAAUAACGCACUUCCUCAUACAUUUAGCUUCCAUUAUUUCUUAUUCAUAUUGCCGUUGCAUUUACAAUAAUUAUCAUUUUUUUUAUCUAUAGAGAAAUUGUCUAGGAGUGCGCAUCGCAUUGGUUUUAAGAUUAAGUAGGCUUAAACGAGGAGGUUCGAAUGGAGGGGAAUAAAGUAAAGGUCUUUGUCGCUGCUGUAUUUUAUCUGGUGUUUCAUAAAAUUCAAUUAAUUCCUAUUUCUUUAUUGUGUUUGGCAGACUGUAUGAUUUUCCUACAGUAUAUUAAUAUUAUUUAAAUAAUAGCAUUUUGUAAGAAUGGUAUCAGACUUUAAACAAUUUCAUGUUUCAAUUUAGUUGUACCUUUACUUCUAUGGUGCUUAAGUUUUUUUACAAAUCCACUGCCUAAACCGAUUAUUCUCUAGUCUGUCAAAUACAUGUAGAAAAUAUUGGGCCACACAUACGACACAGCGAUAAUGACGGCCAUACGCACAUUGGAUUCAAACAUCAGGUUGUAUAGUUAUUUGUAUUAUUUUUUGAGAUUGUGACAAGUUUACUCUAGUCUUGACUAAGGUCGAUGUUACACCGUCGUUAGUGGCACAACACUAGUCUGGUCACAUCACUAAAGUACAUUAGGGUUGUAUAUUUUGUAUCUCCUUUGUUUCGUAUAAGUAAAAUUUUGAAAGUGUUUAUCGAUAAGUUAGAUUAAAACUUUAGUUUUAUUACCUUAAAAUAGAAUUUCGAAUAACCCAGAUCUGCAUAAUAAAUAGAGUGAGACAUCACAUGCGGUGUAAAUCGACCCAAGUCGCUUAUGACCUAAGUUUUUAGAAUGUUAAGUUGUUAACACCCGACUGCACUGCCUUCGAAGUGUAACUUCCCGUUUUAAAGGUUCAAAAUGUGGAAUUAUCGUAAAAAAGUACUUAAUUUAGCUUUAGAUGCAUUUUUUUCUCGGCGUCUGCAUUACAUGUAUUUUUCCAUGAAAAUGUGUCAAAAUUAUAGCGACGUUGACAUUUUAUUGAUGUUCGGUAGCCAUCGAUAUCGAUAAAAUUAGUCGAUGUUUGCUCAUGAGAAUGAUGUUGUAGUAACAAUGGUACAGAACGAUUUGAAUUCUCACUAGCGAAAUGUAAGCGAUAAUAUUUGUUUGUAUUAUAAACAGAUGCUGUUACAGCAAUAAAAAAAUCAGACCUG